AUGAAAUUUGUAGCUUGUUUUAUAUGCUUGCUGUUCAUUUCUUAUGGUGAAUCAGGGAAAUAUUACCUUCAACCGAGAACAUUUAAACUCAACAAUGACUAUAGAGAAUUUUUGGAAGAAUACGAAAAGUAUAAAAUGUAUGAACCAGACUACGCUAAGAACUAUAAAAAUGAGACCUUCUUGAAGCAUAGAGCUCUCCAAUUUGAAAGAAUUAAGGCACAAAUUAAGACACACAAUGAAAACUAUAAACUUGGGCUUGUUGAUUACUCAAGAAAGACAAUGCCUUACAGCGAUUGGGGUCCUGAACUUAAGCAUAAACGAUUGUGUGGUGCCAGAAUGAAGGCUAAACCAAGAGCUCUUUCUAAUGCACAGCUGUUAAGGAUAAUUAAAGGAUGGCCAAAACUUCCAAAUAAUACUCAAGUUAAUAAUUGCCAAUUUCCUAAUCCGGUUAGAGAUCAGCAAACUUGUGGAUGUUGUUGGGCUUUCGCAACCAUAUCUGUUAUUGAGAGCAUAUUAAUGACAAAGAAAAACAUCAAAACAGAAUUGUCUGUUCAGCAACUGGUCGAUUGUGAUGACGCUGAUGAAGGCUGUGACGGUGGAUGGCCAACCACAUCCUUCCGAUACAUGCAAGUCAAUGGACUAACUUCAUCAAAAUUCUAUCCAUAUAAAAAUAUGAAGCAACAAGCUUGUAGAAAAGCAGGCCACAGAAAUGUUUUGCCACCACAGUUCAUUGUGAAGCAAAUUGAAGUCGAAUUUAAAGGUGAUGAAGAGUCUUUCAGGAAGCUGUUGUAUAGGACUAGAUCGCCUGUCGUAAUUGCAGCUCAUGCGAAUGAAGCAUUUAUGAGUGUCUAUACUGGAAGAUAUAAGAAUGAAACUUGUCCUAAAAAUGAUCCUAAUCAUGCAAUGGUGAUGUGUGGAUUUGGAACUGACAAGUUUGGUGAUUAUUGGCUGAUCAGAAACUCAUGGAGUCCUAAUUGGGGAGAAAAUGGCUUCAUAAAAAUGGCAGCAAACAACACCUGUGGAGUAGCUAGUUUCGCAAUGUACCCUGUCAUCGUUGGUGUAAACGAAUUGGAUCCAUUCUUAGGAGAGAUCUUUGAAAAGCAAUUUAGAGAUGACAAUCGACGUUAUAGAGAUUAA